AUGGCCGCCAAACUUCACUGCGAGUCUCGGAUGACACCCGAAGAGAAGAGGAAUCUGAGAAGGUUACUCAUUGCGCUGGCCUUUGUGACCGCAGAUGAUGAGCCACACGAUUCUGAUGAGGAGUGGGAGGAAUGGGACGAGGUCCUGGACGAACUCUGGGACGACAGUGACCUUGACUUUGAUGACUCCGAAUCAGACGAGGAUGAGAUGACUGAAUCAGACCACAAAUUUACCAACCAAGACGCAUUUGUUGAGGCGCGGUCUGGGCAGUCCACAAUACCAGGGAACGAAAACGAGGCGUUGCUCACCGCCAACGAUAAUGUCGAAGAUUCAGGAGAGCGAAAGGAGGAGCUCGACGAAUCUCGUCGAGUUCGGAACUAUCCUCCGCUCGCAGCGUUCCACGAAGCAGCCGACAGCAGGGAACUGCCUAGCGGUGAGAGUGACGAACCGCCAGCAACGCGCACAUUCACGGACCGUGUAUUCAGUCCACCUACGAACACGGUAGUUGGGCGAGUGUUCCAGCGACCCUAUAUUACCGACGCGAAUGCGUCGAACUAG